AUGCCAAUGCGCCGCGCGGCCUCGUGCCAACUGCCCCCCCCCCGGCCCCUGCCACCCCUGGACCACCCCAUCGCGUGGGCCCCUCGACCACGCUGGGGCAAGAAAGUGGUUCGCGAGAUGAACAGACUGGGCAUGAUGGUUGAUCUCUCCCACGCUUCCGUGCAGACCAUGAAAGACGUAAUGCAAGUCAGCAAGGCCCCGAUCAUCUUCUCACAUUCCUCGGCCUUUGCCUUGUGCAAUUCUUCACGCAACGUUCCGGAUGAUGUGCUCAAACUCGUGGCCUUAAACGGAGGAAUAGUAAUGGUGAACUUUUACACCUAUUUCAUCACCUGCAAUGCCACAGCUACCAUCGCGGACGUUAUUGGUAACACACCUACAGGACUUGAGGACGUUUCCAAAUAUCCUCAAUUGUUGGCACGUCUCCUGGAAGACCCUGAUUGGACUGAGGAGGACAUCAAGAAACUUGCUGGAAAGAACUUGCUUCGUGUCUUCGGUGAAGUAGAAGAGAUUCGCGACAAAUGGCGCCUUGCUGCGGUGAUGCCAGGAGAAGAAUUGAUCCCUGCCAUCUACCUGAAAGGUCACACUGACUGCAUGUACCUGGGUUCCUGAUUGACUGCCAGCGUCAAGACUCGGCGCGGCCGCCGCCGUGCACGGACUUGACCAUGAGCCGGCCGCCCUCUCCCUUCGCCCUUCCCCUCCCCCACCCUCUCCGCUGACCGCAUCUCUCCUCCUCCCCCCUCUUCUGCUCACCCUUCUUCGCCUGCUCCAUCUCUUCCCUCUCCUUCUCCUCUUCAUCCUCGCCUUUCUCUUCGCCGUCUUCGUCGUCUACAGUCGAUUCCUACACCUUUCUAUCUCCCCGCUUUGCUACCCCUUUUGCUGGUACUGCUUCUACUACGAGUCCUCGUUUUAAUGAACCUUAACUAGCCACGACUGCUUACCACACUCUGUGCUGAAGUAUUGAUUGCUUGUGUACCUUUCGCCAUCGAUCAUCUUUCGUUCCUGUUGCUCUGGAAUAUUCCUGUUCCCUCGAAAUGAUUCCACCAGCUACAGUUUGUGCUUCUGUGUAACUGAAGACAAAUCAGCUUCUUUCAACGUUUUUUGCAUCUCGUCGUUGUUGAUAAGUUAACUAUAUUCAACACAUUCACGUGUCCAAACCGUUCUUUCGUUUCUACAUGUUGUCGUUCUCCAUUUCCUUGGAGUCAGACUGCACAUCAAAACUCCUUACUUCAGAGUUCCACAGUACCUAAUUUUUUCGUGAAGAAAUCCAACCUCUAAUAGCUUGAAUUGAGAAAUUCUUUUCAUCUUGCCACUUUCUUCAUUUUUCUUUAUACAGAUUAGUACAAGCAAUGCUUAUGAUAUUGUUCGUCCUUAUAAUGCAUGGUUUCUUUGACUCACUGUUAGGGAAGAUCUUGUCAAUAUGACUUCCGCUUCUACCGCUCCGAAUUUCACCCUAUAGUUUUGCUUCCCAUUCACUCCACAAUCGUCUUUCUACCUCAUUCCGAAAAGAAGGAAACAUCAUUCUUCUUCUUCAAUCCAUGCCGGCUUACAAAUUGCGGAACGAAUCCAGUUACAAUGCAACCAGGUGCAGGCAGAUGUUGCACCAUACUAGAAAAGUGACCGAUUGUCCCCCCACAGUAGGGACUGAUAUUUAUGAUUAGCUAUCACAUUUUGCACAAUAUGUGCUAUAUUUUUGUCCUUCAUAUAUUAUAUAUUUACAAAGAGAAAGAGUCACUUUCCCGGAUCAUAUGCCCGGUGUUUUGUGAACUCUCUAUUACUACGGCCUGACGAUUAGUCUUUACAGUCGAAGUUAGAUCGACUGAAUUUUUUGUUUAUUUUGCAACCGUGACACACCACACAUUUUCGCGUGCAAUUGCACGAUCCACCUUUGCCACUUCCUCUACAGAGGCAGAACAUUGGCUGACCCCAUUGAGCGUGGUUUGCGUUUUAAGGAACGCAGCAAGUCAUCAAUUCUAUUUUGACGUUCCUACACGCCCACGCAAGCAGCGCUCAAUCAUUCCUCGUGCACACUGACACAUACUCACAUAUGCCCACAGGUGCUCCGCUCUGGGGUCUCGGGCUUACUUGAUUCUCUCUUCGGGAGCGUAGUCGCUGUUCAAGCACAGAAAGUGAGCCAUAAAAUAAGAGUUAUCGUUGGGUCUGAAGUGGUUAGUCACACGUGUAUUCAUGUGAAAUAAAUGAGCAAUUUUUCCAGCGCAUCCCUUAUGUAUUUGUUCAUAUCAUUAAAAGGAGAAACGCGUGUGAGAUUCUGAAGAUCAAAAAGUACUUUAUUGUCCAGACACGGGACCAUCCUAGCAUUUGAUCUAAGUAUAACACGGUUACUGGACUAAAACACGAUGAAUGUGAGGUAAUUGAAUUAGUAUACCUUUUGCAACCAGAAUUACCGUUUUAUCGUGUUUAGAUACCUCUUUAGGAAAAUUAGUGUACAAAAAUCAUUGAUCAAUUGACGAUGGGUGUUAAUGCAUAAAUGAGGGUACAGGUUGUCCUUAAUGAACUGUAUGCGACUGUUGCUUGAACAGAAUUUCGCUCCUCUUCAUUCUGGUUUGGAGCUGUGAGGGAUCAAUAUCAUUUUUGCGAACAUUUUCUGUAGGUUCUGAAGUGAUUUAUUUAUUGAUGACUUUAUAGUUCGAACAGGUUAUAUUUCUCAGUUAGCCGUUCAAUGUACUCCCUAAUGGCUAACAUGAGAGAUGCACUUGUGCUAGAGUAAUUAAAUAUUGACCCAAGAGCUCCUGAAGAGAUUGUUGAAAUGACUUAAGAAUGCCCGAGUCCCCUUUGGGUCCUCAUUCACAAGAGCUCUCAAAAUUCGCCGAAUAACAGACUUAAAUUAUAUCCUCCUGUGAAUUACUUUCCACUGAAUCGCGCUGCGCUAGACGCGAUGAAUACAGCUAGGAUAACUUCCAAAGACAUUCUCAUUUGUUCAUUCUGUUGGUGAAUAUACUUGCAGCAGUGACUUUAUGAAGAAGUGGGUUUUCCAUGUCACAAAGUUUAAUUGGAAAACCAUAAUUUCGAGACAAAAAGAAUGGCUUAUGAUGUACGUACCUGAUUAAAACGUCAUCAUGUACGUCGUCACAGUUAACGUGUAUCCAUGUAAGAAUAUAAGUAACGGACAUUAUGUCUCAAACUCGAACACUUCUGCGAUCGAACUUUAUUCUACUUAGCAGUUUUAAUGUGUGCCAGUCAACAGAUCACGGCGCACCCGAAUUUGCUUCUUGCCGUAAUCAAAGAGACUACGGCAGUGGAAUGCAGCAGCAGGGGGCCAAAGCGACUUGGCGGUUGUGAGCUCUGCCACACACAUCUUGCUGCCGGGACUCAAGCGCUCUGGAGCUCUGUGUGGCUGGGUAGCCCUCUGCGCCGGCGUCGUCCCUACGGCCACUGGUCACCGCAGUCGGAAGAUGUGGCUGCCGGCUUGCAAUUGCGUGUCUGCUGGAUGGAUGCAAAUCUUCAUGGUUGAAACGCUAAAGGAAGUUUUUCCGUGCGCAAUGCGCGUGGCAAAUAAAGUUAGUGAACAGAGUACUAGCACAGUUGUCCGGGAAACUGAGGUUAACGAGAAAACGAAAUUUCGAAAAGUAAGUUGUAUAAAUGUCUUGUAUAUUAUAUAAACUAAAUCUUUUUAUGUCAGUUCGUUACUUGUAAUUUGGUUCCACUUAUAAUUAUUGCUUUUACCUAUGAUUACAGUAUCAUUAACUUUUCAUGAGAUAAGAUCGUGGAAGAGAAUUUACUUGCAAAGUUAAAGGAACUCUCCCUCCUUUACGGAUAGACCAUGAAUUUAUUAAUUUGAACUUUUUUCACGCUAACAUAUUUCUGGACUUCUGUGCAAGUAACUUGAGACUGGUGGACAUGGUAUUAACAAAAAGACUCGUGGUUUAGCAGGCUUGCCUCUUGCAGCAGUAAAGAUCGUGUACUGAUUCGAGUUAAGAUUUUAGUUACGUGACUUCUGUAUACGUUCCUUGUUUUUAUUCAUUAUAGCACAAAGAGUAAUAUUUCAUUAUAGUACGGUCAUUGUUAUUUAUUUCUUUAUCGAUAAUUUAUUGAUAAAAUAUUGCUUUAUAAGCAUCUUUGUGGUAAAUAUAAUUGUAAUAAUUUGAUUUUCAAUGCUAAUCUUAUGGAAGGCAUCUGCAACCUGCAUUUUGAUGACGUAUAACUAUAACAUAUUACGUUUAUUAAUGUCAUAUUUUAGUGUUGUUUAGAAAAUUAAUCCUGAUUCUGUUACUCAACUCAAUUGUGUGGAAUAAGUGAGUUCUCUACAGUAUAGAUGUGAAUGUGUUUAGCUCGUGCAUUCUAUGCAGAUGUGCCAUGAAGCUAAAGGAAUUCUACAUUUGAUCAUAAGAUGGUGUUUUGUGUGGUGAAGAUACUAUACAUUUUGACUGAAUAGUACCGCCACAUCAACAAGUGUUGCAUCCAGUAGCAGAAUGUGGAUUCAACGGAAAAACAAGACCUUCCUUUCCUGCAAAAAUAACACUUCCUAACGACGCCCGUGACCAAAACGCAGCAUGGGGUAAAGGUACCUAUUAAUAUGAAUGUACCAAGAGUAUAAUGUCACUAAAUUGCAAAAUGUAUUGUUGCAAGUGAUACAUCUUCCAGGGCUUACACACAGACAGACACUUUUGCUCGAAUUUAAAUACUGCACUUACUUGACAGAUUCCCGAAAUGGUAUUUGAAACUUGGUACACUCACAGUAAAAAGUACAUUUGCAUUUGUGUACUGCCAAUGAUGGAAGCCUCAAACACUGGCUCGGAUUCGACCAACGUCGGCCCAAGAACAGCGGACGCCCCUUCAAGAGGCUUGCGUACGUAUCAUUUGCGCUGGUAUCAAUUGCGUACAGGAACAGGGCGGCCCCAAGUCAUCAGGUAAACGCCAUGUUGGAUGUUAAUUGAUAAGAAAUGCAUUUGUUAGUAAGUUAUCAAUUUCAUAAUCAAUUAUAAUUUGAAGACUAUGAUAUUAAAUUUUUUUAAAAAAUGUUACUUUAAUUUUAAGCUCAAUGCAAGUAUCAAAUGUGAUACUCACUUUAUGUAAAGGAUGAAUGUUUUAUGAUACACGUAAGUUAUAAUUGGAACAUGAUUAUUUUAACUUGCAAUCUUAUGCCAGGCUAUAAAUUUUGUACCAAAAAUAAUUCAGGUUGGGUGUUUAGAUUUGAUAUUUACGUUUCAAUUCGUUACGUAUAAUUUUGAUGAAGGGUUGCUUUGGAAUAGUCUGAGGAUUGAGAGAUGUGAAGAAAUAUAAGAACGUAAAUGAAAAAGGACAAAUGAUGCGUAACCUUCAAAUAUUAUAGAACAGCUAUAGUCGCAAACAAAAGUAUUUAUUGUCAAAGUAACUGGUCUAUGAACGCUGCAUGCGAUGUCUGAUAGACUCGAUCAUUGUGUCUGUAAUCAACCAAAACAUCCUCUUACUGUUUUGCAAAACUUCUGUACAUACUGUCGCAUGCUACUUUUUAUGCUGUAACAACUCUAUGUUGUGGUGCAUGCUUUUAUGUUUACUGUUUUGACGGAAAACAAAUAGAAAUAUUGGAAAAAAAAGAAAGUGUGCUUACCCAAGUGUGUGUUACGGUAAGAAACUUGAAGAAAUCUGGGUGACUGUCUCGGCGGAUGGUCGCGAAACUCCUGUACGCAACUGAGACGCGCAAGUGGCUCCUGUGUGUCC